AUAGAAUUCUAUUCCUCUAUUUUCUUAUUUUCUAGAGUAGAUAUUUGCGUACUUAAUUAUAAAUUUCUCAUAUUAUUAUUGUUUCUUAAUCUUUAUUCUAGAGAAGGUAGUAAUUAUUGAACUUGAAUCCGAGUACAAAAUGAAUGAUGAAAAUAUUAGCACUAGGCAACACUACAUGUAGAACGUCAAAAUAAAGAAAAUGUUGAUGUUGGUAAAAUCGGAAAGCUAAAUUCGAUUUUCGAUGAAAGUAAAUAAUUGAUGUAAUGACUGAAAUGUGUGAGUUUAUAAAUAAAAACAAUGCUUUAUCGUCUAUUUCGUGGUCGUCUAACAUUCAAAUUUUACAUAGCCUUUACAGUUCUAGUAAUAAUUCUGAUAUGCUGUUACCUAUUACCACCGAUGUAUCCUAUUGCCCCUGUUACUGUGCCACCUAAUGCUCUGCAUCCUCGAUCCUCACGGCACUUGUCUAAGUUAAUGACCGUGGUGUUUCGUCAAUUUGAAGAUUUUGAAAAUGACAUCGCUGAUAGUGUACAAUCCUUUGUGUCAGCGUUUCCUAACAUGCCAGUGGUGGUCAUAUCGGAAAGUACACCUUAUCCACCGUUCCCAUUCUCUGUGACGAAUGAAACUCUUCGAAAUGUCAAGGUCUUGUCGCUAGAAUUGAAGCUGAGCGCAUCUCCUCAAGAUUACAAUCCUUUGGCGCAAAUAUUGACCGAGUAUGUUUUGUUUGUACCUGACUCGACGCGAGUUUCGCGCCGUGUAUUACAACUGGCGAUGGCGGCGGCGGUGGCGAACCCCACUCAUGCCAUCGCCGUAGGGGUCGGCAACUCGCACUUGACAUGCCUACAUGUACAAUGGAACUAUGCUGACUGGACUCUGCACUAUAGUAAGGAUGCUUCAGGCAAGAUAUGUGAUGCAGUACAUGGGCAGCAUGCGCUGUUGGUAAAGACUUCCGUCCUGCAGAAGUUACCACAGCCAUUUGCAUUGCCAUUCACUGAAGCCCUGUACCUACAGACUACUGUAAAAGGAGUUAAGGUGCAGUUGUCUGAUGGAAAGCUUGGUGCGGGUCGAGGAGUGCUGAAGACUCCAGGAGCCAAGCAAAGGGCUUCUCGCCACAUGAGAGACUACAGGGUCGCACUUUAUAAGCAGUUGGGGGUCAAGGCAGUUAUUCGGGAAGAUGGUAGAGUACAGUGGUUCGGCUGUAAAAGGGAGACUCAGCGCUGCUUCCCGUCCGUGCAAGGCACGCCGUCGUACCUGGUGUCGGGGCGCCACACGCCGCCGUGCUGCCGCCGCAACCUGCGGCGCGUGGCGGCGCACGUGCUGCACGCGCUGGCGCAGGCCGGCGCGCGCUGCUGGCUCGAGACCACCUCGCUACUGGGCGCUGUCAUGAGAAGCGACAUCCUACCCUGGGCUGAAUACGUAGAGAUCGGGAUCCACGCGUCGGACGUGUCGCGCGUGUCGUGGCUGCAGCGCGGCGGCGCGGACGCGGACGGCUACGUGUGGGAGCGCGCCACUAAGGGCCACUACUACAGGGUGGCCUACUCCGCCACCAACCGCGUCUACGUGCUGAUACUGCCCUUCGCGGCCCGGAACGGUACCAUGUGGCCGGCUGACUGGGUCUUAGCGCACCAGAAAGAGUUCCCCGAGAGGCAUCUACAUCCACUUGCACAGAUAACAUUCGCUGGACGUCAAGCAUCGGCUCCGAACGAUGCUCGCGCCUUUCUGGACCUCAAACUGGGCGCUAACGCUGUCGAGCGGGGCGACAAACUCGGACCGAAGCUACUUUAUCCGUAGGAUAUUCAAAAUUAGGUAUAUAGUCACAAAAUCCAACCUAACUGAAAGUUAUAUUCGUUAUUUAAUUAUGUUGCAAUUUCAAAGUAUUGUAUCUGCCACUAGUCUGUUUUCUUUUACAGAUUUGCACCAAAGAUAUUUUCUAUUGUUAUUUUUUCGUAACUCACAGGCGCUUAUGACUUUGUGCUUAAUUUAUCGAUAUUUUAAGAAAAGAGUUUACGUAUAUUUAUUCGGAUGUAGGCGUCAAAUGUUGCACAAUUUUGUUUAGGUUUAAUAUUUGGAGUUUUUAGAAAUCUCACUUUACACAAAUUAGUUUAAGUAAACAAACCUAUCAUCGUUUUCGUCAAUAAAUUGCAAUAAUUUAUUUAAACUAGUCACUAGUUUUAAGAGUUGUCAAUAAGUAAUUAGAAAUUAUAUUUUGAAUAUAAGUUAGAGGAGAUCUAUUUAUAUAGUUUAUCAAGAAGUAUUUAAUCUUAUAUUUUAUUGUAUAAUAAUGAUGUAUUGCAUUUUACACUAGGUUAUUUGGUAUAUAACAAACAAAAACAAUAAUAGAUUUUUAAAUGGAACUAGGAAUUCACA